UGCCUUCGGCGGGACCUGGAAGCACAGAGAUCCCUCCUGAAGCGGGAACGGGAAGACGUGGCCCAGCAGCUGCGCUGGGCAGAGCAGCAGUGCAGCCACACGCUCAGGCUUUGGGAACGUGCUCAUGAGGAGGAGAAAAGAAAGCUCCUGCAAAACCUGGCAAGUGAGCUGGAAGGCCAGCGUUUGCAGACGCAGGAGCUGCUGAAGCAGCAGGAAAACCUCAUGGCAGAAGUAGAAAGGGAGCACAAGAGAACGCUCGGUGAGAUGAUGCAGGAAGUUGCCAGCGUGAAAGCCGAAAAGGAAAAGGUCCUGCAAGAAGUGGAGCGUGAGAAGACUGCACUGCUGGAGAGGCUCUGCCAGGCUCAGGUAGAGCUGCUCCAAACCCAGCAGCAGCUGGGGCAGCUCAGGCAGCAGGUGAAAGAGGAGCGAGACAAUGGGCAGCACAUCAAGGAAAAGCUGGAAGCAGAACUGCAGGAAGCGCAGAGGAAGAUGAGGGCAGUGGAGAGGAGGCGACAGGAAGAACUGGAAGGAUUCCAAGAGGAAAUGCGGGAGUGA